GUCGAAUUAUCGAAACAAAUGCUAGAAGGGGUUCUGGGUCAAGUACAUCAUCAGUAGUUAGGGGGAUGGAAAAAUAUAGUAUCCAAUCUCAAGAUUUGCCAGAAAUUAUAGAAGAAGAUAUGUCAGAUAUAGAUGAUAAUGAAGAUAGUGAAAGUAAUCGUCCAACAGACCAAAACAUUAUCUCUUUAGAAAAAGAAUCACGUAAAAGACCUAGUAAAGAUAUCUCUGAAAAUAAAUUAUCUAGUAAGAAAGUAAAGACUAAAGACGGAAAUGUAUCUAUAUUAAAAAAACUUAUUGAGGAGCUGAAAUCGCCAAGUUUUUCAACAAGUAGUACCACUUCUCAGGCUGAAUCUAUCACAAGCCCAAGUAAUUUUUCUGAUUUAUAUAGUGCAAUUGUUAAGGCUGAAGAACGAAUUAAAAGUGUGAAUCAAGAAAUUAUUAUAUGCUAUUUUGCUUUUGGAAAAAAGCUUAAGGAAAG